ACCCCAUCUUUUCCUCCCAUUCCCACGGUGGCCUGAACGGUGGUGUUAACGCAUUUCAUUCCCUUAUCACGGUCAAACCCUUCUUUCCCUUUUUCCAUUUCCAGCUUCUCCUUUCUCUCACAAACUCAACAACAAACUAGGAAUCACAGAACAUCACCUUUCAAUCCCCUUUUUCUGGUGUUAUGGAGAUAUCUUUGUUAAAGGUGCUCUCUAAUGGCAUAUCCUCAUUUUUGCGUUUAUCAUUUUCUGGCAAAAUGAACUCAGAACUGGUAUCAAAGUAUUACCAAAAGGCAGAGAAGAUGCUUAAGUUGUUGAAACCAAUUAUUGAGGCAACUGAUAAUUCUGAUUUUGCUUCUGAUGAAGUUCUUAGUAAGCUAUUCAAGGAACUUGGUCUGGAUGUUGAUGAGUUGAGGGAGCUUAUUCAGAACUGGCAUCUAUUAUCUAGCAAAUUUUACUUUGUUAUGCAAGCUGAACCCUUGAUAUCAAGAAUUAAGGUUUCGGGGCUCAAUAUUUUACAGCAGCUGAAGGCUUCGCAGCAAUAUCUCCCGGAUGAUUUGGGACCUGAUACAUCAUCAGCCAUUAAAGAAGCUGUUAUGGAACAACUGGAAGGUGUAGGACCCAGUUCAGAGGUCCUGGCCAAGAUUGCUGAGAACCUGGGCUUAAGGUCUAAUCAGGAGGUUCUGAUUGAGGCCGUGGCCCUUCAAAACUUGAAGGAGAAUGCUGAACAAGCUGAAAAUACUGCAGAAGCUGAAUAUAUUGAUCAAAUGAUCUCUGUUGUAACUCGUAUGCAUGAGCAUCUUGUUAUGCUUAAGCAAGCUCAGAGCUCUAUACCAGAGUCAGUACCUGCUGAUUUUUGCUGUCCUCUCUCUUUGGAGUUGAUGACAGAUCCAGUCAUUGUGUCAUCAGGGCAAACCUAUGAGCGCGCUUUCAUCAAGAACUGGAUUGAUCUUGGGCUUACUGUUUGUCCAAAGACACGUCAGACUCUAGUACACACCAACCUAAUACCUAACUACACUGUAAAGGCAUUAAUAGCAAACUGGUGUGAAACAAACAAUGUGAAGCUUGUUGAUCCCGUUAAGUCCACAAAUUUAAAUCAACCAUCUCUCCUUCAUGGGUCUAUGGAGUCUGGUUCAACCAAAGAAUCACCUAUUAUAACUUCUUUUGGUGGAAUCCACCAAGAGGGAACAUCAUCAUUGCAUCCUCAUGCAACUCCAGAAGGUUCCUUAAACGGCACGGUUAAUGGGCAGCAUGUGGAUCUUGCAAGAAUAUCACACACAGGUUCAGAUGACGGGUCUGUCAGCUCAGAUGAAGUGAGUGUGGAUUCAGUUGGCCAAUCAUUAAUGUCUCCAUCUAGAAGGGAAUCAUCCAAUGCCUUGAGCUCAGAACAAUCUCAAACCCAUGAUAGAAAUGUUUCUGAUACCAGUGUGAUCUCUAGUGCAAAUAUUCCUCAAGGUACACAUGAUGACAACAAUAGUGUUCCACUGCUGUCAACCAAUCCAGUAUACAGUCGAGAUACUUUUGGAGAACUAAAUCCGGGGGCAGAUGCUGCUUCCAUGCCAACUCUGCAUAAAGAACCUGAGUUUUCUCCCCAGUUGGUGGGGCCAAGGUCUCAAAGCCAAACUGUACGGCGACGGUCAUCAGAGAGGUUUGUUUCUAAAAUAGUGUCUUCUUCUUCUGUUGAAACCAGAGCUGAUCUUUCUGGUACUGAAACCCGGGUUCAGAAAUUGGUCGAGGACUUAAAGAGCAAUUCUCUUGAUGCUAAGAGAGAGGCAACAGCAGAACUCCGCCUUCUUGCUAAGCACAACAUGGAUAACCGAAUUUUAAUUUCAAAUUGUGGAGCCAUUAGCUUAUUAGUUGAAUUACUUCGAUCAACUGAUACCAUGAUCCAAGAAAAUUCUGUUACAGCACUUCUUAACUUAUCAAUCAAUGAUAACAACAAAACUGCGAUAGCAAAUGCUGGUGCAAUUGAACCUCUGAUUCAAGUCCUUGAGACAGGGAGCCCAGAAGCAAAGGAGAAUUCAGCUGCCACUCUAUUCAGCUUAUCAGUUAUUGAGGAAAACAAGAUCAAUAUAGGGAGGUCUGGGGCAAUUAGACCACUGGUUGAUUUAUUAGGGAACGGAACCCCUAGGGGGAAGAAAGAUGCUGCUACUGCUUUGUUUAAUUUGUCAAUAUUUCAUGAAAACAAGGAUCGGAUUGUGGAAGCUGGGGCCGUGAAGCACCUUGUAGAGUUAAUGGAUCCUGCAGCUGGAAUGGUUGAUAAGGCAGUGGCUGUUUUAGCAAAUCUCGCCACAAUACAAGAAGGAAAAACAGCAAUUGGUCAGGAAGGUGGGAUUCCUGUUCUGGUUGAGGUUGUUGAGUUGGGUUCUGCGAGAGGAAAGGAGAAUGCAGCAGCAGCUCUUCUACAUCUAUGCUCAAACAAUCAAAGAUUUUUAAACUCGGUGCUCCAAGAAGGAGCUGUGCCCCCAUUAGUAGCUUUGUCACAGUCAGGCACUCCAAGGGCCAAAGAAAAGGCCCUGGCUCUCCUUAAUCAAUUUAGAAGCCAAAGACAUGGUACCGCUGGGAGGGCUUGAUUUCGAAUUCCUAGCCUCUUGAGCCAUCCAUAGGUUUUGAAGCAACUCUUAUAUAACGUCUCUUAUUUAUACCUUACAUUUUGCACAUAAUGUGUGUAAAGGUGUUAUUUUAUUGUUUACACUCGCUUGUAAAGGGGAAUAAUGUGUAUGGAGGAUUGAUUGUGUCCUCUUGUGAAAAACAUUUCUGUGAUGUGAAGAAAAAUUAUACAUGCAAGUCUUGCUUCUGUUCAGAAACAAAAAUUUCUGGCUUUUGUUGCUGAGCUAGAGCAAAACGU